AUGUACGCAUCCUCAAGCAAUCAAGAACAUUUAGUUCGAAUGGACUACACUUUAGGCACAAUUACGCAUGCGCUAUUACUUCAGCGGGAAUCAUUAGCAAACACACUGAAAGAUUUGGCCAACAAACAUCCUGCAAUGAAACAGGACCUUAAAAACGUCUUGUCGUCAGAUUCCUCUUUAAUACACUUUCAGACGAUCUGCUUCAGUAUGUGUGUGGUAGAAGAGCGGAGGGAGAAUAGCCGAGGCAGCAGGGGAUUUCAGUGGCUGAAGGCCAAGAAAGUCGAAAUUGAUCCAGAAGAAUACGAGUAUGCAGAGAAUAUCCCGGAUCCUGAUCCUGUAAUUGAGGAGGUUGAGAGUGAUGAUACAGAGAAUGGAAGUGGGGAUCUCGAACUUGCUAAGAGACAUAAAAAUAUCUCACGUGCAAUUAAAUCUCUCAAAACUUCCAUUUAUGGCAAUCCACCGCCAACCUUUGACCUGUAUAUAAAGCCAACACUAAUUCCCCAGUUCAAAGAGCUCAUGCAGUGGAUCUCCCACACAUCUGGUACUGCCUACACGGUAUCAGAAUCCACAGAUGGUAGAAUCCAAAUAACUAAAUUAAUUAAAUAUUCCAUUCGAACAUCGGAAAGUAUGAUGCAAUCCGAAAUGGAUACUAAAUCUCAGGCUACGUUCAUAAUGAAAGACGACGAUGUUACGAUGACAGGGUCAGCCUCCUGUAUAUCAGACUUGACUGAUUACAAGUUUCCUUUAUUAACCUCAACUUGUAAAACUCGACGAUAUAAAAUACAGGGUGGACCAAAAGUCCGUAAACAUUUGAAUCGGUUGCCGCGUCUAGCAGCGGCGGCGGAGGGGGCGAAUAAUCCCAUAAAUUCUCAACAAGAAGCAAAUCGCGAUCCGGACUGGUCGUACAGUUCUUUUCCAAUGAAAGUCAAGAACCACGUAGAACAGUUCAAGCGGAAUAUGUCAGAAUGCUUAAAAGAAGUACAAGCUACUGAUAAAAGACAAAUUAAAAGCCUUUCACCUAUAAAAGAGUCUCCCAUACACGGGGAAUGCCUCAUUGCUUGUGUGCUGAAACGCAACAAUGUAAUUGAAAAUGGCAAAAUACAUAAAGGCGACCGGCGCAAGAUCAAAAAUCGAUUCUUUAGAGUGACACAGUACGGUGUACCUGUGCGUGUGUGCGUGUACUCCGGUCGCCUGCGCAGGUCACAACAACUAAUUCCCCAAAUGUCUAUGCAAGAGAAUGUUCUAAAAGAAAUAACUGGAUUUCAUAAUUAUAGAGUAAAACGGUCUUAUAUGGACGGAGUUGGUAAUAUUUUUAAAGUUUUAUUCGGAACUUUAGAUGCAGAAGAUGCUAAGAAAUACAAUGAGGCAAUAGAAAAUUUAGAUAACAAUGAACAUGAAGUUUUACAAUUAUUAAAAUCGCAAUCGAAUGUAGUAAAAUCAACUAUUUCUAAUUUUAAUAGUACGAUAACUGAUUUGUAUACAAAUGAAAAAAUAUUUAAUGAAAAUUUAAACUUGCUAUCUAACUAUACAAAAGAUAUUGGAGAUAAAAUAUUUAGUAUUAAAAUGAAACAAGAUGUUGAUGAACAUAUGUCAUUAUUGACUUUACUAACUACUGAAAUUGAAAAUGAAAUUUCUAUGAUUAUUAAUGCAAUUUUAUUUACUAAAAAUAAUGCAGUUCAUCCUGUUAUAAUAACGCCAGAACAAUAUGGUAUUGAAUUAAGAAAGACAGUAUCUUAUUUACCACCUCAGACUAAGUAUCCUCUAGAUAUUAAUGAAAAGAACGCCCCUUCUGACCACCGAACAUUACAGUUAGACGGUGAAUUUAAGGUACAAUUUGAAGAAGCACCGAUGGAUAUUACACCUACAACAUCUGAAGAACAUGGACGUCCACCAAAGUCUUAUGAACAUCUAUCAGAGAAAUCGAAAAAAAGAAAGUAUAUGGAAUUGGUACAAGAAUAUGGACUCGAGUAUAUACAUAAUGCAUACGUUCAAGGAUUGCGGGCUGAAGGAGAAAUCGAAGAAGCUACUGUUGUUUCAAUGAUGCGCAAUUGUGAAAGAAAUGAAAAAAGGAUCAUGAAGGAAAAAUCAUUGCAUGAAAGUCGCAAUGGAACAGAUUUUACGGUGGAUGAAGCUUUAAGUGCAUGGAGC